AUGGAAGUACAGAGGACUGCCGGGCUCCAGCAGGCUAAGAGCGGCAACAUGUGCGAGUCGACGCCGAGGUCCGGCGAACCUCGGCGGAAGAGAGCCGAAGAGCGCGGCGCUCCUUCGGAGAUGUCUCGGAUCAUUACCGAUCCGGCCACCGGCAAGUGCUACUGCCGGGGAAAAGUUCUAGGAAAGGGAGGCUUUGCAAAGUGCUACGAGAUGACCGAUCUUUCCACCAGCAAAGUUUACGCAGCUAAAAUCAUCCCGCAUGCGCGCGUCUCGAAACCACACCAACGGGAAAAGAUUGACAGAGAAAUCGAGCUUCACCGAUUACUCCAUCACAAGCACAUAGUGCACUUUUACCACCAUUUUGAGGACAAGGAGAACAUAUACAUCCUGCUGGAGUACUGCAGCAGAAAAUCCUUAGCACACAUACUGAAGGCUCGCAAAGUACUCACCGAGCCAGAGGUGCGCUACUACCUGCGACAGAUUGUCUCAGGGCUCAAGUACUUGCAUGAGCAAGAAAUUCUGCACAGGGACCUUAAGCUCGGUAAUUUUUUCGUAAGCGAAUCCAUGGAGCUGAAGGUGGGUGACUUUGGGCUGGCCGCCAAACUGGAGCCGGCAGGGAAUAGGAGGAAGACGAUCUGCGGAACUCCCAACUAUCUUUCCCCCGAGGUGCUGAACAAGCAGGGUCACGGCUGUGAAUCAGACAUCUGGGCCCUCGGCUGUGUAAUGUACACGAUGCUUUUGGGAAGGCCGCCAUUCGAAACCACCAAUCUCAAGGAGACGUACAGGUGCAUUAGGGAGGCUCGUUACGCGCUACCCUCCUCGUUAUCGCCACAGGCCAAGCAGCUCAUUGCCAGCCUGCUUGCCAAGACACCAGAGGACAGACCCAACCUGGAACACAUUUUGAGGCACGACUUCUUCACACAGGGCUUUAGUCCAGAACGUCUGUCAGCGAGCUGUUGUCACUCUGCACCCGACUUCCACAUCUCUAGUCCCGCCAAGAGCUUCUUCAAGAAAGCAGCGGCAGCCCUCUUUGGAGGCAAACGCGACAAGGUCAAAUACUACGAGACUCUAAAUAAAUUAACCAAAGAGGAAGAGGAGAUCUACAAGCUGCAGCAUGACCUGGAGAGAACUGGUAUCAGCCAGCAACAGAGCAAAAAGACAGCUGAGAAUGGAAGUUUACUUCCGCCAUCUGCCCAGAGUCCUGUCGCCCUGGCAACAGAGAGCCAAUCCCUAACAACACGAGAUACCAUCCGUCUGAUCGUCAGGGGAAGCCUGGGGAGUUGCAGCAGUAGCAGCAGUGAAUGUCUCGAAUACAACACCACGGGGAGUGUUGCCGACACGGUUGCUGGUGUGUUGAGAGGAUGUCUGGAGAACAUGCCUAAAGCUGACAGCAUUCCUCAGAGCACAAAUAGCUGCGGCCUCCAGUGGGUCACCAAGUGGGUGGACUACUCCAACAAGUACGGCUUUGGAUACCAGUUGUCCGACCACAACGUGGGCGUUCUCUUCAACAAUGGCACUCACAUGAGCCUCCUGCCAGACAGAAAGACAAUCCAUUAUUAUGCAGGGUUGGGCCAGCGCUCUGUUUUCCCUACCUGCGAGGUUCCUGAACACUUUGUGGGCCAAGUGACUGUGCUCAAAUACUUUUCCCACUAUAUGGAGGAGAACCUCAUGGAUGGCGGUGACUUGGGCAGUAUGACGGAUGUACACAUGCCAAGACUCUAUUUGCUCCAGUGGCUCAAAUCAGACCGCGCCCUUAUGAUGCUCUUUAAUGACGGCACUUUCCAGGUGAACUUUUACCACGACCACACAAAGAUAAUCCUAUGCUGCCAGAAAGACGAGUACAUGCUUACCUAUAUCAACGAGGAACGCGUUUCAAAGACUUUCAAGCUCAGUUCAUUGCUGGCGUCUGGCUGUCCUGCCGACCUGCGUGAGCGCAUGCUCUACUCGCUUAACAUGCUGCUGCAGUGGUGCAGCUAG